AGUAAAUUGUAAUUUUCCUUGCUAUUUCAUGAGAUAUAUGAACAAUUUUUUUGUUCAGUGUAGUGCACUAUCCUUCCCCUACAAACGUACCGACAGAGAAUAUCAACUAAACUUUUCUUUCGCAACUACGAUCAACAUUUUAAGGAACGAAAAAAAGAAAGAAUAAGGAAGCAAUUCGGAAACUUUUUUAUCGAUUCCGUUAAUUAAAUUAAAAGAAAAUUAUUUCUAUCUUUUAUAGACAAGAACCUAAAAGAAACUAUCUUUUUUAGGAGACGGGGAUUUGAACCUGCAUUAUCGCAGUCGUCAUGAAUUCUACUAGCGCGGAUAAUACGUUCAGCUCUACUAGGGCAGCUGCUUCAGUCUCCUCUACCCCUCUAUCGAGUACCAACCCAGCGGCCGCCUCUGCGUCAGGUUCGGCCAGUUCAACAGCACCUUCAUCCUCCACCGAUAAUAACGGUGGAUCCCUUAGCCAAAGUUCUUCCACUUCUUCAUCGGCUCAAGUAGGCAGUGGCGGUAGUAGUUCCAGUGACGCUGGAUCUAGUUCCUCCACUUCUCCUUCAUCUUCGGAUUUAGUCAGUUCUUCCGGAACCAUCGUCAGUAGCGUUUACAGUGAUGGACCUUCUUUUGUUACAAAAAUUUCAACCUCCUAUGUUUCUCAUACCGGUUCUCCCAAUUGGAACACUUCUUCGCCCGCAAGCUCUACCAGUUCUCAUCCUCUUUCUAGUAAAACGUCCCUUUCUGCUUCUGGUCAUUUGGCUUCGGAUUCUAAAAAGGGUAGCGGUAGUAAUCAUAAAAGUGUAGUAAUUGGAUGUGCUGUUGCCAUUCCUAUUGGUGUAGUGCUCAUUUUAAUUGCCCUUGGUAUUCUCUUUUGGAAGAGACUUCAACGGGCUAAACGAAUUAAAGCUGAGCGUAUGCAGGAAGUUGAAGAAUAUGGCUUCAAUCCCAACCAAAGCAACAAUUUCCGUGGUCCGAACCGAGCCUCUUCCCCAGAUAGAUACCGAGGUUGGAGUGGAAGCCCUGCUCUGGCUGUUGCUAGCACUGGGUCUGGUCGUCCUAUCGCUACUAGACCAGCUGCUGCUGCUCCCAAUGCAUCGCCUCCCAACACAUCACCUCCUGGUACGGGUGCUUCUCAAAACUCUACAAAUAGUGGACGUUCUAACCCGACUGCGGCAGGUGCAGGUGCGUUGGGUGGAGCAGCUGUCAAUCGUAAUGCUCCAAAUAACUCUGUUGCUUCAAAUCGUAUGGUCAGACCUGUCGGUAAUCCCGCUCAAUCGAGUCCUCCUGAUAAUACAGCAGGACCUCAAGCUGCCAACAAUGGGAGUAAUUUUUCUGAGGGGUUAGGCGCAUCCCCUUUUGAUGAACAUAAUCCUGAAGAGCCCGAACAAGGUGAAUCCGAAGCCUUUUUUGAAGGCCCCUUAGCUACAAUUCCUGAAAGUGAUACUGAAAGCCAAACGAGUGAGGCUCCUCCAAAUUCUUCUGAAUCUUCCAGAUUGCUAUCUCGCCAUUCACGCCGUCCUUCACCAAGUGAAAGUGUGACUAGUCAGCCUAAUUACUCUCCAUUUGCCGACGGUAGUCAGGCGCCACUUCGCACCUCUAGUGAGGCUCGCCGGCAAAACAUGAUUUAAUCAUAACCAUCUCGUGAAUAUUAUAGGAAUCUAUAAUAUUCCAUCUAAGAAUCAUUGCUACUGAUCUAUGGCAGCCAUGAUUAUUGUGAACCUCCAUAGUGGGUAAAUUUGUGAGGUCCAAAUUAUUUUUUUACUAUGUAUACUCACGCUUUAUUCAUAUAAAUAAGAACGAUCAAUUGGUGUAAACUAUGUUUUCCGGUGAUUGAACGUUCGAUAUGUUUAAAAAAAUUGAACUUUAGUGGGUAUUCGCUUGUUUGGUUAUACCUAUAUGGUUUAUGGAACGAAACACUCUUUUGUUCUCACAUAAAUAAAACGAUCUGAUAUUUUUGCUAGAUGCUUGUUUGGUAUCUAGUUUCACAAGUGGUUUCAUACCAUCGUUUGACAUCUCGAAAUCUUUCCUUUAUUCCCUCACUACCUACCUUCUUUCCAUGGUUUUUCUGCAUUUGUUUAUUUUUCUCUAUUUUAUUUACUUACUUUUUCGUUUUCAUUAGUUUGUUUUCUUCUAGAUCAUCCCUUUUAUAUGUAACAUUAUACAUUUACGAGGGAAAUUAAGGUGUACAAGCUUCUCCACUCGUUUCCUAUGUCAAAACGCGUGUUUUUGACGUUUAUGGACUUCUGGAUUUCGCAAUUUAUAGAAAAUCAAAUACUUCUUCUUCCUUGUUCCGUUUGUCUUUUUUCUUUCUUCAUCGUUCUGAGUUUGAUUAUUAGGACCCAUAAAGCUUCUAUACAAGAAUCUAGCAGAGUUACGUUUUUUUUUAUUUCAUUUCUAUGCUUUAAAAAUGAUGACUAUUCAUUUGGAUCUUACAAAAUGAACAAGAUAUGGGUCUGUUUUCAAAUUCUAUUUCCUAAAUUCUCUCAUUUACUUGUUUUAUGAAACUACAAUCUAUUUUUACAUUAUAAACAUUAUAAUUUCCUUGGUAAUCUUAGUUUCCUAAACAAAUGAAUCUCAAUUCUUCUCACAAUCAA